UUGGAAAUGCAUUCGAUGCUCGACGCGGACUGACACUAAUUUCGACUUUUUAACACGUAUAAGAAUAACACAUCAUUCAACCUCACCUUCGGUACAUGACUAAAACUCAUUUCACAAGCUGAGCCCUAAUCGCUGGCCUAACGAAGAGUCUUCGCGGGCAACUAUUUUAAAUCAACAUGUCUUCUCUCGAACUAAUUAAUCCUUCGCCUCACGAACAUGCCGCCGUGAAGCCGCCCGAAAAUGCUUCCAAUCUUGUUACGAUAGAUAAUUAUGAUUCAUUGACGGGGAACAUUUACCAAUAUCUUGUACUUGAGGGUGCAACAGUUACAGUUUAUCGCAAUGAUAAGAUAACCGUAGAGGAACUCGCUGCUAAGAGUCCAAACACAACUGGUCGUCAGUCCUGGCCCUGGCCACCCACUCUCCAAUUCUGGGGUUAGUAAAGAUGCCAUCAGGCAUUUCGCGGGAAAGAUUCCUGUUCUUGGAGUCUGCAUGGGACAGCAAUGCAUUUUCUCCGUGUUCGGCGGCGAUGUCUCGUACGCAGGCGAAAUUCUCCACGGCAAAACCUCGACAUUGCUCCACGACUCCAAGGGGGUGUACAAAGGCAUUCCACAGAGCUUACCCGUUACUCGAUACCACUCGCCAGCGGAGCCACAUCUAACCCUGCCGGAGAGCCUGGAAGUGACAUCCUGGAUAGCGAGCCCAGAGGGAGGUGAGAAAGGAGUCAUCAUGGGUGUGCGACACAAAGAAUAUGUGGUGGAAGGAGUGCAGUUCCACCCGGAAUGCAUUCUAACUGCGGAAGGCCGGGUUAUACUGAAAAACUUCUUGAAAAUGCGAGGGGGAACCUGGGCUGAGAAUGAACAUCUUCAAGCUGAAGCUGCAUCCAAUGCUAAACUACUCGGGACCGCUUCGUCUUCCAAAGAGAACAUUCUCGACAGAAUUUUUGCCCACCGAAAAGCUGCUGUCAUUGCCCAAAAGAAGAUUCCGUCUCAGCGUCCGAUUGACCUUCAGGCGUCUUAUGAUAUGAACCUUUCUCCGCCUCAGAUAUCAUUCGUGGAACGAUUAAGGCUGUCCCCACUUCCAUUAUCCCUCAUGGCUGAAGUUAAGCGGGCCUCACCUUCGAAAGAUAUAAUAUCCAUUUUGACAUGUGCACUUGCCCAGGCCAUGGAACUUGCCGGAGCCGAUACUGUUUUGCUUAUUGUGAAGAUGCUAGACGAAGUCACCCUGAAGAGGCUGUACUCGUAUUCUCUAUCUCUAGGGAUGGAACCUUUGGUUGAGGUUAAUACAGCGGACGAAAUGAAAGUUGCUGUAAGACUUGGAGCUAAAGUUAUUGGGGUCAAUAAUCGACAUCUCGCAAGCUUCGAGGUUGACUUAGAAACAACGAGUCGUCUCAUGAGCCAUGUCCCAGAAAGCACAAUCGUAUGUGCUCUAAGUGGCAUUUCUGGACCCCAAGAUGUAGACUCAUAUAAGAAGAAUGGUGUUAGGGCUGUUCUUGUUGGUGAGGCGCUUAUGCGAGCAAAUGACAAGCCCAAAUUCGUAGCAGAACUUCUUGGAGGCUCUCGUACUGUACCUACAGACGGACCAGAACAGCCGCUUAUGGUUAAGAUCUGUGGAACACGGUCAGCCGAAGCUGCUGCGACGGCUGUUGGAGCUGGUGCUGAUUUAAUCGGUAUGAUUCUUGUCCCAGGCCGUAAACGCACGGUCUCAGAGGAGGAAGGACUUGCGAUUUCUGAAGUGGUACACAAAGCGACAGCAAGAACUACCGAGACCAAUUCUGGUAUCAAAGCAACUGCAGGCUCGGACUUCUUCGCAUCUGCAACAUCUAAUUUAACUUCCACGCGCCCUCU